AUGUGUGGGUCGUUCCAACCACAAUGCCAGCCGUCACGGCAGCCAGAGGUGGAUCGCACGGCGACCGGCGCAACACCACCCCGGUCCCCGACCCCACCGCGGUCUUUGCCACCAGGCUUGCCAGAAGAUGACGCAAAAAACUCCGACAGUGUGGUGACUCUGGCGGGUAGCUUCGGUGCAGACUUCCUCCAGGACCUGUUCCGGACCGUACGGCAAGGCAAUCUGGAGGAGCUGACCGCACACCUUGGCAAGGUCAACACCGUGGCCCUGUCGCUGUUGAGCAGUGCAGGACUCGGCUUCGUCCAUCCAGACCGAGCAGGCUUGGCGGCCAGCGAGCGCGUUGAGAAAGCCGCAGAGCUCACCGCUGAGUACCUUAGUAAGGCCAGGGAGGCCGCAAGUCCCAAGAGCACUUUGCUGCUCGCAGCCUCCGAAAAGGGGCGCUACCUUGUGGUGGAGUCCCUGCUGCAGCACAAGGCCGACCCAUUGGUUGCGGACGACAAGGGCAACAUCCCGCUGCACAAAGCAGCGCAAAGCGGGAGCCUUCUCUCGGCCUUGCUGCUUCUGGACCGCAUUCAGUCCAACGACCGCUCGGCUAACAUCGCGAGCAUGGUGAAUGGUGACGGGGAGACGCCCGAGAUCCUGGCAGACUUAGAUUAUGAUGGUUGUGAAAACAGGCCUUUCGUAGCGUGUACUGGCGCGGCCAAAAGCGACAAGGAGGACUGGGUUGCACAAUUCCCGCUCUCAACGAAAGGCAGGGCUAUCGUCAAUCAGCAUGGAGAGCGCUUCCGUCUGCGAAGCGUCAACUGGUACGGUGACCAAAAUCAUGUUGUUGGAGGACUGAACGUGCAGAGCCUGGAGACCAUUUGCGGAACAGUACAGUCCUUGGGCUUCACAGCCGUCCGCCUGCCUUUCUCCAAUGAGAUGUUGAGAAGCAGUGUCGCCAGCGGUUGCAUCGACUUCGACAAGAAUCCAAAGCUCCAAGGGCUCACUGCUCUUGAGGUUCUUGACGAAGUGGUGCAUUGCUACUGGACUGGACUAGCAACAGUUUGCGUGAACAACCACACCACGCACGGUGAGUGGUGCGGCGGCCCGGACCGCAAUGGUCUCUGGUUCGACCCGACGAGCAGCUUCUACACGGAGGCACAAUGGCUUGAGGACUGGGCCAUGCUGGCGAGCCGAUAUCGGGACUGCGGCUACGUUGUGGGCUUCGACUUGCGGAACGAGGUCCGUUUCUGCCCUUGGCCGUUCCGCUACCCCAUCUGGUUGGGUGGUGGGAUUCUGCGGAAACUCCUCGGCUGCCUGGGCUUCUGCGACUGGGCCGAUGCAGCGCGGCGUUGCGCGCAACGGCCCAGGAGGAUGUGCGGGAUGGACAGUGAUCUCUCCCUGAUGUCCGUUCCUGCGGCAAGCUUGAUCAAUGCGGCUGCUGGAGACCUGCCCAGACAAAUUGUUGGUCGUGGAGCGCCGGAUUUGGCCAAUGAGGGGGCUGCGGGGCUACGACGCUUGGGCAUGAAACGUGCUGAGCAGACCAGAAGCUACACUUGCUGCGAGCAUCACAAGUACUGGACACAUGUCUCUUGCCGGAGCUCCGGAAUCGAUUGGUUCUUGGAGUACACCACUACAGCUGGAACGGUCCUGGCCGCUACCUACCUUUUGCGCACGCUUUUCUCCGAUGUGGUAGAUGUGGCAUCUUCAGGCAGUUCGAGGAGUCUGCUGAGAUUCCUGCGGAUCUUCUCACAUCAGAACUACGGCGAGAUGUCGGCAGGAGAGCUGUCCGAUGUCCUCUUCGAGCAGUGGGGUUGGCUCCUUGAAGGGGACAUCUGCCCUGUGUGGAUCAGCGAGUUCGGCACCGGUCCUGCUCCAGGAUUCGAUCUGGACUGGUUCAAGCGCUUUGUGGAGAUUCUGGGCCGGAUGGAGGUGGACUAUGCUUACUGGCCCUUGAAUGUAGGCCUCCUGGCUGUUCCAGCGGGCGUUGUGUUACGACUCCACGGGCUCCUCCCGGCCGUCGGAAGUGAGGAGAAAAAGAGUGCCGACUCGCAACUCGAGGACGCUGGGGCAGGGAGUGAGGGGAGCCAAGACAUAUCGGCUUUGAAGGGGAUUUACGGAUGGGCCCUUGCCCAUGCCUGCUGGCUUCGCAACCGUUACACGCCUGUGCAUGGCACUACUCCGUACGAGGCUGUGACUGAUUCGGCGUACAGCGGCACCAUCUGUCGCUUUGGAGAAAAGGUCCUGGGAUACCUCAAACCUGACGGCAAAUCCUCGGCGCGCUGGCGCCACGGCCUCUUUGGCUUUGGUGGAUGUGGUCGGUUUGAAGACAAUUUCGAUCCGGACUUUGCAGCCAGCUUUGAUGUGAGUGUUUUCGAGCACGGGCUCUCGUCCAUAGGGGGGAAACUUGUACUUGGGCACAAGAAGCCAGCCGCUCCUGUUGCAAUGCCUAUCCCAGCCUACGUUGGCCCUCCUCCUUCACCACCAGCCGCUGCAGAAUCGCCUCUUCCUCACGAGGCUCGAGGCUCUCCUUCACAGAUUGCAGGCACCGACUCGCCAGUGCGGUCUCCAACAUCCAUCAACUAUAGCCCUUCUGAUGGCAUGAGUGCCACGGAGGAUGCUGCUCUUUCUGAUCGUCACGGUGAUGUGUUGUCCACUGACGCAGGUGAACCCAGCUCAGCCGAGGCGGGGAUGCCCGCAAUUCCUGCCGAGGCGGGGGCAGUUGCCUCAUCCGCUCCUCUGAUUUCUGAGGCUCUGGGCCUCAGUGAGAAUCCUCGACCAGCCAAGGUCGCCCGCAGGUCUGAUGAUGACCAAGUGAUGGCUCUUGAAGGGCAGAUUUCUUUGAUUACCGCCCCUGGCUGCUGUGCGGAUGAAAUGCCGGCUGGAGAUUUGCUUGUAACCUCUGGAGAGGAUGAAAAUGUCACUUUGACGUUUGAUGGUGACACGCUUGAUGAGCUCGAGGAUUACGACCAAAGUUUUCUUGAGGAUCAGUCUGGUGACACUGAGUUGCUGCCUGAGCUGUGUCGGCCUUGCACUUCAGACAUUGAGCCAGAGCUCUCUCCGGAGGAGCUAGAAGCUUUGGAUGUGAUUGCUGAUGGAGUUGAGAUUGCUAGGCUAGAAGGCAUGACUGUGCUGCUUCCUGAGUCAGCAGCUCAUAACGAUGAGUACGCAGGUCAAGAGGCCACUCACCUCACCACGCGCAUGGUGCGCACGUGGCGUGAGAAGGAGCUUGGUGGCUCCCCAGUUUGGUACCGACGCAGCCGGUACGUGGCCCGAGAGUAUGCGUGGCUCAAUGAGCGUCAUGACCUCUUUUCGCCCGCCUCCACAGCACUUUCGAACCGCUUGUUGCCGAUCCAUUACCUGUGUCACGAGCCUGACCCUGAUGAUCCUUGGGUCAUGGUCGCCCUCGACAUCCGUGACGCUUACCUUAGCGUCAAGCAGACCCGCCUGGUCAUUGUGCAGCAUGCAGGUGUCCGCUACGUGCUGGGACGAGUCCUGCCUGGACAGCGGGACGGAUCCAAGGAGUGGUACUUGGCAUUUUCCAGUUUUCUUGAUGAAGCCUUGGGUUUUAAGAAGUGUGAUGCUCUGCCCUCGUUGAUCCGCGAGCCAGCUUCCAAGUUCAGUAUGCAGAUGCAUGUCGAUGACUUGUUGGGUGCAGGCAGCAAGCGCUUUCUUCUUGAGCGCCUCCGGCCCACGCUUGAAUCAAAGUAUCGUGUAAGCAUCCGCAUCCUUGAGGCUCCGGGGGACACGAUUUCGUUCUUGAAGCGGCAUCACACACUUCUUGCUGGCGGUAAAAUGCUGCUAACACCCUCGGCCAAGCAUUUUGAAAAGUUGUUUUCUGUGAUGAAAAUCGAUGAACGGAGUGCUCCGAAGAAGACUCCUCAUGCGCCGCAGCUUGAUGAAGUAGACAACAGCGAGCUUCUCGCGUGUGCAGAUGCAAAGGCUUUCCGCUGUGCCAUUGGCAUUCUUUUGUACUUGGCAGUGGAUUUGAUCGAGUGUCAGGGUGCCAUCCGUGCGUUGAGCAGCUACAUGAUUUCGCCAACACGCAAUGCGCAGGCUGCUUUGAGGCAUCUGUUGAAGUAUCUUCUUGAAGGCCAACACCAUGGUCUCUUGCUUGAUCGCAGAAACUGUUACAACGGAGUUUCCGGCGAGAUUCCGAGAACGAGCCAGCCGGUCCUGUGCUUAGAAGCUUUUUCGGACGCCAACUGGGCGGUUGCCUUUUUGUACAGCUCUAGCCGUACACAAAGGGUGAUUGCUUUGAGCUCAGGGGAAUCGGAAUUGCUUGCGGCGACGUCUACACUUUGUGACGCUUUGUUUGUUCGGCAGCUGCUCGCUUUCAUUGCCGACGAUGAGCCACCCCAGAUUCAUCACUUCCUGGACGCCAGCGCUGCCAAAGGCAUCAUGGAGCGAAGCGGCGUCGGCCGCGUUAGGCACUUGAGCGUCCGAGUCUUGUGGACUCAGCAGCUUGUUGCGGAUAAGAUCAUCAUGCUUCGCAAAGUUGCAACAUCGAUCAAUGUGGCCGACCUGAACACCAAAGGCCUUUCUCGGAGCCGCAUGCUCAUGCUUUUGCACAUCAUCGGUUGCUGGCAUACUGUGCAUGAGUGCUUUGUUGGAGAAGAUGAGAUUGCUGAUCUACGCUACAAGCAAGCAAUGAAGGACGCUGUGCGUGCCGUCCGCUCCACAUCGAGUGCGUCCGUGAGUAAGCCUAUGAUUCAGGCCAUUGUCAUCGCUGUUGUGAGCGCCUUGAGUCGUGCUGCGGAUGAUGCUGACGGUGACAACGGCUUGGAUGACUCAGGAGCUGAUCUUCCUGACUGGGCUAACCGGGUCCUUGUGUGGUUCUUAGGACUGUGGGUCCGCGAUGACACUGGCGUGUCUGUCAUCGACAUGCUUGUGCAGCCCCAUGCUUUGGUCCUUGCGUGCGUGACAAUGCUGAUGCUUGUGUUGUGCAUCCGCACUUUGUGCUGCAGGGUAUCUGAUCGCGGCCAGGUCAAUGUGCAGAUCGCUGGCCCUCGUGAUCAUGUCUCCUUUCAGUUUGAUCGCCAGCUCAAUUUGCAUGUUGGAGUUGGUGCGCCUGGGACUCCUACGAAUCCUCUGUCUUUCGACUUUGAUGGUGAUGAUAGCCCUCCACAUGUUUUGUCCGCGCUACGCAAAGGUGCAAGGCCCAAAGCUUCUACCAGACCAGGUCCGAGGUACGAAGAUGAGGAUGCUCCUCAUCCCGACGCGAGUUCGUCAGCAGCACCGCCCACUGGUGCGAUGAAUGCAGUGCAGGCUCAUGUGCCUCCUGCUGACCAUGCAUCAGCACCUGGAACACCAGCAGAGUCAAUGAGUUCGCAGCUUUCGACGCAGUCGUUCCGUGAGCUGCACGGGUACCCUAUCGCCGUGGCACGGAGGAUGAACCACCGUGGGAGCCUCGUGUGGGUGUCGCACACGGGCCGCUGCUAUCAUCGUCUCCGGUGCUUUAAGCUUGAUGGGUGCGAUCGUGUGAAGGCGUACGAGCGCCACGAAGCACAGAACCGCGGACUCCGUGCAUGCAAGAAAUGCAAUCCUUGA